AAACUGCUGAUGUAAUAACUGAGCAGCUGAUCUUUGUCUUGGUAUCUCAGCAUGCUUGGGGCUGUGCAGAUACUAUGUCUGUCCACAGUGAUAAGGAAACAUGAGCUCCAGGCUCCUGACACUACUAGCUGCCAGGUAAAGUUAAGCCACUUGUGAAUUACCAGCUCCUGUGAAUGGAAAUAAGGUCUACCGACUCUGCAACUCACCUGUUGUCUUGGGACAGAUUCUGUGACUACUACAAUGGGAAACAAAGGAAGAUUCAUCAUGCUUGGGCUCCUACUCAUCCUGGCAGUACUCUGCCACUCAGGUCACAGCCUGCAGUGCUUCCAUUGCAUUAAACCAACCAAACCCUGCACUAACAACAACACUUGCCUUGAAAAUUUUGAUAGGUGUCUCACUCUCAUAGGAGGGAAAAGUAAAUAUUUCCGGUGUUGGCAUUCUUCUCAGUGCAACUUCUUGGUUCUCAGUGAACAAUUUGGGGAGAUGAACCUGAAAUAUCAUUGCUGCUCGGAGGACCUGUGUAACAAAGACCCAACUUCUUCCUCGUCAAAAUCAGUAAACACAGCUCCGCUGGUGGCCCCAGUGCUAGCAGUAGCCUGGAGGCUUUGUCUCUAGGUCAACUCCAAGAGGACUUCUAAACAUUCCAUUUCUGUACACUCCUGACUUGUUUUGCUGUUGCAUUCCCAAAGCUUUGUAUUUUCCAACUGCAUUCCAUUGGGAAAGAAUAAAACUAAGUUAAGCAAGGAUAAGAUAGAGGCUUUGAAGACCAGUCCUGUCCACAAAAUGUGAUCCACUUGUGAAAUUCAUUGUAAAAAGAAAGGUAAAUG